CGCGUGGUCUAAUGGUUAUGAUUUCUCGUUCACAUGAUUAUUAUCCCUCAAGAGAAUCCUCAGUACUUGGUAUGGAGGAGGUUCCGAGAAGGUUCCCGGUUCGAUCCCGGGCGCGACUAUUUUUGUUCCUCCACCUCCGUCUUUUCUUCGGAGAGGAAAGAGGAGAUUGAGUUCAAUAUGAGACCUCUAUUUCUUACUACCUGGUUUUAUUUAUUUUUCUUUUUUUUUUAUGUUGUAUUGAAAUGAUUAUUGUUGAGGAACUAGUACUAGAGGGUUGGCUUUUGGUGACCAAUUACAUACACAAAUGGAUCUCUAAGCACUGCAUAUCGUUUCCU